AUGGUUAUUGGUAUUAACAUACUGCUUAAUGUAGAAUUACAUUAUGGUUUCCAAAGAUCAGUCUCCUUCAGGGACUUGUCUGUGGACUUCAGCCGUGAGGAAUGGCAGUGUCUGGGCCCUGCACAGCGUCUCCUCUACAGGGAUGUGAUGCUGGAGAACUACAGUAACCUCAUGGCGGUGGGGUUUCAUGUUAGCAAACCAGAAGUGAUCUUGAAACUGGAGCAAGGAGAAGAGCCCUGGAUAGUGGCAGACUUGUCACGACAGAGCCACGCAAAAGAUGAUGAUCCCUUAGAGAAGGACAGGAAAACACAAGACAAACAUUUGAAGCAGUUUUCAGUCGUCAAUAACAAAACUACGCCAGAAAAAGCCAAUCUGUUUGAGGAAACGGUUGCUCUCGACAUGGAUAGUAUUUCUUCAGGAAAAAUGCUCCGUAAAUAUGAUCCGGGUGGAAGUGUCUUAAAGAAUCAUUCAGGAGGAACAGUUGCCAAGCCAAGCGAAGCCAGUGGGAGAGCUGAGCGGGGUGCGGGUGGGGAGCCCGUGCUCCACACGAAGACUGACAGAACUCAUUCUGCGGCCAAACGCUACUCACGUAAUGAAGUCAGGGAUGUCAAGAGUCAAGGUGAGGACCUCACUCAUCGACAGAGUAUGCAGUCUGUCAGUCAGCCCUCGGAACAUAAAGAAGGUGAACAGGAGUCAGCCAGCGCCGCGGGGGCCGAGGAGUAUCCUGACCGGAAGCGGAAUGAGUGUGCUGAGUGCAGGAAAACCUUUUCUAAGAAGUCCACUCUGAUUGUCCACCUGAGAAUCCACACAGGAGAGAGACCCUACGCCUGUAACUACUGUCGGAAAACGUUCCGGAUAAAGGCAAGCCUCACUCGACACCAGCGAAUUCACACUGGCGAGAGGCCUUAUAAGUGCAAGGAGUGUGGCAAAGCCUUCAUAGACAAGUCGGCCCUCAUCGUCCAUCAGAAGAUCCACGGAGGGGAGAAGUCCUACGAGUGUAACGAGUGUGGGAAGACCUUCUUCCGGAAGUCAGCCCUGGCCGAGCACUUCAGAUCCCACACCGGGGAGAAGCCCUACAAAUGCAAGGAGUGUGGGAAUGCCUUCGGCAAAAAGUCAUACCUCAUUGUACACCAGAGAACUCACCGGGGCGAGAAGCCCAAUGAAUGCAAGGAGUGUGGGAAGACCUUCUUCUGUCUGUCCGCCCUCACAGCACAUCAAAGGAUCCACACAGGGGAAAAGCCCUAUGAGUGCAAAGAGUGUGAGAAGACCUUCUUCUGUCAGUCAGCCCUCAACGUGCACCUGAGAAGCCACACGGGCGAGAAGCCCUACAAGUGCCGCCAGUGCGGGAAGUAUCUGUGCACCAAGUCUGCCCUGGUUGCACAUCAGGUCAUCCACAGAGGAAAGAAGUCCUUCGAAUGUAACGAGUGUGGGAAGCUUUUCUACCUGAAGUCGACCCUCACGAUCCAUCAGAGAACUCACACAGGAGAGAAGCUCAGUAAGUGGAGCCGACCGUCCUCUGGGAAGUCCAACUGUGGUGAGCAGAAAAGAGCGGAUGCACAGGAGAAUCCGCAUGAGUGUCACGACCACAAGCGAGCAGCCCACAAGAGCUCACGCCGCUUCGCACACAAGAGAACCAUAUGGGAGAGACCUUACGAGUGUGAAGAAUGUGGGCGGACCUACUGCCGGAAGUCAGCUCUCAGGCACCACCAGAAGACACACACGGGAGAGAGGCCCUACGAGUGUAAAGAGUGUGGGAAGACCUUCUGCCAGAAGGUCUCCUUCACUGAGCACCAGCGGACUCACACUGGGGAGAAACCACACAAGUGCAAAGAAUGUGGGAAGUAUUUCCGCCACAAGUCAGCAUUCACAGUGCAUAAGAGAAUCCACACAGGAGAGAAACCGUACGCCUGUAACGAAUGUGGGAAAAGCUAUCGCCGGCUCUGGACUCUAACUGAACAUCAGAAAAUACACACAGGGGAGAAACCCUAUGAAUGUAACAUGUGUAAGAAAUCAUUUCGCCACAAAUCAAACUUCCUUUUGCAUCAGAAAACUCACAAGAAGUAAAUUCCAACAGGGCAACAGAUUCAAAUCCUGAAUAACACAUAAAGGUGUAAGACCUUGUCAGCACAGGGACUAUUGGAAGAUUUUCUGCCGAAGUCAGCCCCGUCUCAAACACCAGAGAGCUCACACAGGUGACAUACAAAGUUCACUUUCAGACUCUCAGUGUUAACUAUGAAGACAUUCGGCAUUUCAGACAUGACACCAGGUGUGCCUGCCUCCCUUUCAGUUCACAGAACAAACACCAAUCCCUCCCCAUUACCCACCACAGUUAAUGAGCAUAGCGUAUGUUGCCGGAUGAGGAGCCAGUGUUGAUUAUGACCAUUACCUGUUGUUCCUGUGAUAACUGAGUAAUGUCUGUUUAUGAGUUUACAGUAUUAACAGCUCAGACGACACAACCUGUUCGUCCCCUGUCCCUACUGUUUAGUGACAGGCCCUAAUCCCUUUAUCUGCAAAGGUGAGUCAGAUGAACCACCCUUCACUUCGCUACCUGUAGUGACUCCCGCACACGAGUGAGCAUUUGCUAACGCCACCGAGUCAUUGGAGUUUUCUAAUGAGAGGCACAAGCUAGCUUGUAAGUGCCUCCUUGAGCUUAGAAGCAAGCCAAGAAAACAGCGACUGCAGUUACCAUAGCAAAACCAAAAAUGAAGGAAGCAGGCUUGAAUAGUGAAGAGGAUUUAGGGGGUGUUUGAUCAAAACAGUGUCUGCGUUGUUUGCGUUUUAAAUACCUCUGUUCUAUUAGUGGUUUGAUUAUGUCAGUGUUUUCAAAAAUACCUUGAUUUUUUUAAAUGAACAUGGCCAUAGGGGUAUGGCUUAGAAUUUUCCUGUCGACCUCUAAGAAAACAUCUCCAUGGUGCCAAAUAGAAUCACAUAGUGUGGAUGUGUGCAUCAGGCAAAAUGCCCGCCAUUCCUGGUGGGUUAAUGUCAAGUCCUGGUAGCCAGCCACAAGUGGAAUUUUCCACAAGCCCAGCCCUGCUCUCUGAUGUGUUGUGCUUUCCUAGGACAAUGAAGUGAGUUUAUUUCAUUGACAGAACAAAGCAGGGCCACUGGGUAUCUUGACAUGGGCCUUGCCUGUGGCUAAGCUGGCAAAUCAGCCCUUGCUGUGGCCAAAGUAAGUUGUAUUGUCCGCCUUAGUCUUGGUAAUGAGUCUCACUCUGACCUGUCUGCUGCCUCUGCUUGUGAUGUUGAGUUCUUGGGUUGGAAAAGCUGCCCCUUGUUUGAGACCCAUCAGAAAUCCCAGUAUGAACAAGAUGAUAUGUUUAUUCAGUUUGUAUUUUAUAUCCUUCAGCAAGGUAAAUAUAUACUUAUGAAUGCACAUGUAUUUGAUAUAUACUGAUUAUACUGAAACAGGAGUAUAUGUAUAUAUCAAUAGUAACCUUUCCUGAAAGUUUUAAUAAUUACUUAAAAGAUUUGAUUGCUGUUACAAGUACAAUUUUAUCAUCUGUUUUAAAAUUACUGAUAGAGGCGUGAUAAGGAUUAGCAAGCAAAGUUGAUUGCCGGCAAGCCUGAUGACCCGAGUUCGAUCCUUAGGCCCCACAUAAUAGAGAGAACUGAUUUUCUUAUAGGUUACCCUGACUUCCACAAGUGUGACAUGGCAUGCACACAUACACACACCAAAUACAUACAUAUAUAUGUACAAACAUACACACACAUAAAUAAAUAAAGUAUUUUUAAAACUCACUGAUAGGGUUCUUAAGCAUUUUUACAACAUUUGUCAGAAUGCAUUCCUUGUAUUUACUUUGCUUGGUCUUAUAAAACUCACAGCUCCUUGUAGAGGAUGUUGGUGAGCUGUCUUGGGGAGAUAAUUUCACCGUUUGAAAAUCUGUACCCUAGCUGUCUUACUGUGCCUUCUGCUUGCCCCUGGGUUAUGCAACAGAUCACAAUCUGUGAUUACUGAAUUGUUCACCUCUAUUGCUUUGAUCUAGUAUACAGAAGAGUGUGCUGUAUGCUGGAGGGAACUUUUUUUCUUUUUCCAAAGUCUGAUAAGGAAAAUGUAAGUCGGAAAAUGUAAGUCAUAAAUGGAAGGUCAGUGAGCCCCAAUCACAGAAAGUCACAAGACACAUCAAAGUGAAACUUGAAGGUCCAGUGAGAGGACUCAGCUGGUAAGCCAGCAACCUGGGACAUCUGUAAAUGUGGACAGAGAGAUCCGGCUCCACAGGUUGUCCUCUGACCAUACAUGGACUGCACACAUACAAUAACAGUGCAGUUUUUAAAGUUGCUUAAAUACAAAUAACUUGAAGACACAUAAAAAACCUAAAGCAAUUAAACGGAAGAAAGUCCUUAAAAGCAGCUGAAGGGAGCGGUGACAUGUAGGGUCUGCAAACUUCUACAGCUGCUGCAAGAAACUGUCACAGUGAUCAGAAGAAUGGAUAUCAUCUCACCGGACCAGAGACAGCCAGUCAGGCCCAGUGCUGCGAACCUGCCCCCUUCUGACCGCUGGAAGCUGGCUGGGCUUGCGUCUCCCAUGUGAUCUUCCAGCAGCUUGUGGCAACGCAACUUCAGGCUUUGCAUCUGUCCUCACUGCGCAUGUAUGUCCUCACCUCGGGUGUCUGGCUACAGUUCCAUUUUAUCAGGACAUGUGUGAUCAAGGUCCCACCUUACUCAAGCAUGACCUCAUGUUGACUGACAUCUGUAAAAGCCUUAUUCCGUAAGGUCACAUUGAAAGUAUUAGAGGCUGGGGGGACAUCAUUGGUACCCUAAAAUUUACCCUAUGUUUACCAGAUUAAAAUAACAGUAGAUA